UGGAACUCUGUGGGUGGUUAGAAGUGUCCUGCUCUCCAGCUGGAAGGGUUUAGAGUUUACACUCUGUACAGUUAUUUAUUUAUUUUGUAUUAUUUUGAAGACGGUGGCAGUAGGUUAGACUUUCCCUGUGGUUUACAUUUUUUUUUAACUUGUCUUCAUUAGUUUCACGUGAUGUCAGACUGCGAGGGGCUGAUUGGGGAUGACAGCGCCUCGGCUGCCAGCAGCAUGGAGGUGACUGACCGCAUCGCCUCCCUGGAGCAGCGAGUCCAGAUGCAGGAGGACGAGCUCCAGCUGCUGAAGUCUGCACUAGCUGACGUCGUCCGGAGGCUCAACAUCUCUGAAGAACAGCAGGCCAUGCAGAACAGGAAGGGACCCACCAAAGCGAGACCCCUGAUGCCGACAUUGCCUCUAAGGCCCGUGGUGAAUAAUGGAACGGUACUACCAAAGAAAACAAGCGGUUCACUGCCUUCUCCAUCUGGAGCCAGGAAGGACACUUCAUCACCAGCAAACAAGAGUACUGUGAAGAGAGCCAGCUCGACGGAGCAGGUAGGGCCGAUACGCAGGGAGAGCACGGGGGACCCCAAGAGCAGCCGCACCCGCACAGGCUCCACCAGCAGCAGCUCCAGCAGCAAGAAGACCAGCGAGAGCAAACACAAGGACCCCUUAUUCAGCGCAGGGAAACGCCGAGUGACGCACUGCAAAGAGGAAGGGUAUGUGAAAAUGUUUUUGCGUGGGCGUCCUGUUACCAUGUACAUGCCUAAAGAUCAAGUGGAAUCCUACAAUCUGGAAGCUAAAGCAGACCUGCCGGCCAAGAAGCUCAAACUGGAUUGGGUCUAUGGGUACAGAGGCCGGGACUGCCGCUCAAACCUGUACCUGCUGCCGACCGGUGAGACUGUGUACUUCAUUGCUUCAGUGGUCGUGCUGUACAAUGUAGAAGAGCAGCUUCAGAGACACUACUCCGGACACAACGAUGACGUUAAGUGCCUAGCAGUCCACCCUGAUAAAAUCACCAUAGCAACAGGGCAGGUUGCCGGAACAUCGUCUGAUGGAAAACAGCUGUCCCCUCAUGUGCGAGUCUGGGACUCGGUCAGCCUGAACACGCUCCACGUGCUCGGAAUGGGCUUCUUCGACCGGGCAGUGACGUGCAUCGCCUUCUCAAAAUCCAACGGAGGCAGCAAUCUCUGUGCAGUGGACGACUCCAAUGAUCAUGUUCUCUCUGUGUGGGACUGGCAGAAAGAGGAGAGGCUCGCUGAAGUCAAGUGUUCCAAUGAAGCUGUGUUUGCAACAGAUUUCCACCCGACAGACACCAACAUCAUAGUGACCUGCGGAAAAUCUCACCUGUACUUCUGGACCUUAGAAAACGGCUCUUUAGUUAAGAAGCAAGGCUUGUUUGAGAAACAAGAGAAGCCCAAGUUCGUCUUGUGUGUGACAUUUUCGGAAAAUGGGGAUACGAUAACAGGGGACUCCAGUGGGAACAUCCUGGUGUGGGGGAAAGGUACUAAUAGGAUUAGCUGUGCUAUUCAAGGGGCACAUGAAGGUGGCAUUUUUGCACUUUGCAUGUUACGCAAUGGCACGUUAGUGUCAGGCGGUGGGAAAGACAGAAAGCUGGUCUCCUGGGAUGGGAACUACCAGAAGAUACAGGAGGUUGAGAUUCCUGAGCCAUACGGACCUGUCCGGACAGUGGCUGAAAGUAAAGGAGAGUGUGUUCUUAUCGGCACAACCAGAAACUACGUCCUUCAAGGCACAUUAUAUGGGGAGUUCAACCCAAUCACCCAGGGGCACACAGACGAGCUCUGGGGCCUGGCAGUGCAUCCAUCUAAACCCCAGUUCUUAACAUGUGGCCACGACAAGCACGUCACGCUCUGGGACUCCUCCUCUCACCACCCUGUCUGGAGCAAGACUAUGGAGGACGCAGCCCAGUCAGGUGGCUUCCAUUCCUGUGGAGCCGUUGUCGCUAUAGGAACGCAGACUGGGAGGUGGCUAGUUUUGGACACAGAGACAAAGGACUUGGUCACAGUUCACACAGAUGGCAGUGAGCAGCUGUCAGUUAUGCGCUAUUCACCAGAUGGGCACUUCUUGGCCAUUGGAUCUCAUGACAGUUACAUUUAUAUCUACGGAGUGAGCGACAGCGGCAGAAAAUACAGCAGAGUUGGGAAGUGCUCAGGUCAUUCCAGUUUCAUUACUCACCUGGACUGGUCCGUUGACUCCCAGUAUCUGAUGUCUAAUUCAGGAGACUAUGAGAUCUUGUACUGGGUCCCAUCUGCAUGCAAGCAAGUAGUCAGUGUGGAAGCAACCCGAGAUAUCGAAUGGGCCUCCUGUACCUGCACUCUAGGAUUCCAGGUAUUUGGACUGUGGCCCGAGGGUUCAGAUGGAACCGAUAUCAACGGCGUCUGCAGAUCUCAUGAUAAGAAACUGUUGGUUACUGGAGAUGAUUUCGGAAAGGUUCAUCUCUUCUCUUACCCAUGCUCACAAUUCAGGGCUCCAAGCCACAUCUAUGGCGGACACAGCAGUCACGUGACCAAUGUGAACUUCCUGCAUGACGACAGUUACCUCAUCUCCACUGGUGGUAAAGACAUGAGCAUUAUGCAGUGGAGAGUUGUAUAAAGGGGGCCUGGAGAAAUGAAGGAGGGCUCUGUCCAUGGGGACAAACCCAUGCAAGAAGUUUUCAACUGCAAAUGAAGCAAAAUGAAGCGAUUAUUAAAACAAAGGCUGAAUUUGACAUUUCUGAUUCAUCACAGCUCAGGAAACAAAAAAAAAGAAAAUGCGUUCAGAGCCCCAGCCACCACUCAGCCUUCAGUCGGAGAUUGGUUUUUAUUUUGUGGCUAACAUUGUACUAAGGGAAGGUUAUAUGUGUAAACUGCAUAGGUAUUUAGGCAAGCAAAAAUAUAGAUCGUAAACUGCCCUGUUUGUUUUCAAAGUGUUUAUUCUCGGUCACACCAAUGCCUUUCGAGACUGCAAAUUUGUCUAGUUGUUUUUGUUUAAAUGUCACUUCUUGUGCUGUGUACAUCUGUUGGUCCGAUGCAAUAUCUUCUCUAGUAUGAGCUCCACCUUGGUACCUACUGCUGUUCUCACUGGAUUGUCACUCCCUGACUGUCAAACUGUACACAUUGCACACCUGUACCCUGUUUACUCCUGCAAACUGUACACAUUGCACACCUGUACCCUGUUUACUCCUGCAAACUGUACACAUUGCACACCUGUACCCUGUUUACUCCUGUAAACUGUAUACAUUGCACACCUGUGCAUUGUUUACUCCUGCAAACUGUACACAUUGCACACCUGUACCCUGUUUACUCCUGUAAACUCUAUACAUUGCACACCUGUGCAUUGUUUACUCCUGGACCAAGUCUACUGUGCUCCACUUCUGCCAGGGUUAAGCAUUCUAUUCAGUCUGGUGUGUCACCACAAGCUGGCUGCCUUUUUAAGAUUAUAUUUAAGGAAGAAACAGAACAUGAAUCAGAUCAUUAACGCAGGCCCCAGGCAAACGUAUUUGCUCUUUAAAAUGUGGCAAUUUCAUCUUUAGGCCAGUAGGGAGGUUACAGUAUAUACAGGAUCGAUGCCUGGACGUGUUUUUCUUUCAACAGGCUGACUAACACAUUGCUGAGCACUCAUGACAGUGGAUUGUAUUAUGCAAUGUGUUUCUAUUAAGGCCUCAAUAGGUUCAAAUCUUUGGGAUCAAAACAAAGAACCUGUUGGAUGAAAAGCAACUCAUUUAUAAAAUGUGCUGUCGUCAUCGUUUCCAGGAGUCAGGUCAGGGCCACUAUUUGCCUAAAUGACUAAACUCCUAGUCAUGUCCUUGUUGGAUGUUGUUUAAAAUAUCCUUGUCAGACUUACCAUUAACAAGUUACAUGAAUGAUUAACCAUGAGAAGCAGCAAGGCUGCUGCAGGAAUAGAGCUAGACACAAGGGCAUCUGUUUCAAACUUUCAACGCAGAGUUGUGAUACUGCCAGUUUGGUUACAUUGUACAUGCUGGAACAGUAUUGAUGCACUAUUUAUCUACAGAGGUAAAACAAAACAAAACAACAACAACAAUUCAUUCAUUCAAAAAUAAACAACUAGACUUUGCAACAGCACUGAUUAAAAUAAAGUGCAGCUUCUGGUCCCCGGUGUGCUGUGCAUGGUUGGUUUUGUACGCCGGGCAUAAGAAGCUGGCUCAUUUUUUAUAAGAAAGGGGUAUGGAAUAUAUACCUGACCGAUUUCUGAUUGUAAAAAAAAAAAAAAAAAAAAAAAAAAGAUUGCAAUGUAUUGUUUACAAUAGGGAAUGUAUGUAAAGACAUGUGAUAAAAUAGUAGCUUCCCUCAUAA